AUGAGAUUUACAAGGGUCUUAAGACAAGCCGAAGAAGUAUUGGUGAAGGCUGCUUCCGGGUACCCCACGGGUAUUACUGGAUUAUACCAACAUCCUAAUCCCAGACCAGCAUUGAUUGCCUUGUAUAACCAUACAUUAAAGGUAUUGGAUACCAAGUACCCCAAGGAGUCCAUUUAUAGACAAGCCACCGAGACUUUGACUAAGAACAGAUUGAAGAUUGUUGAAGAAGAUGAAAUCACUGAAAGCAUUGAACAAAAGAUUGGAGGAGGUUUAAUUGAAGAAGUUAUAGUUCAAGCCCAUGAAGAAUUGAAUUUAGCUAAGGAAUUGGCUGAAUUGAAGGUUUGGGAAGAUUUGGAAGAAAAGCCUUUAGAUGACCAAUGGGUAUACUUUGGAAAGAAGAUCUAA